CGGAAUACAACUUUGUGUUAGUUUGUUUAUUUAGUGUGUGUGAAAAAUCAUACAUGUAGUUGUAUAAUGGAGCUAUUCCUGCUAUUUGGAAUUAUUCUUUGCAGCCAAGUGCUUAGCAUAACGCUGUCGGGGAACGGUACGUCUGGAGGUUUCACAGUCCAAGAGAACGCACUCCUUGAACUGACGUGCUCUACGUCUACCGAUGUACAAUAUGUAGUAUUUAACAGAAGAAUAAGGGAAUUUGCUUAUCACACAAUCACCUCAGUAGGGUACGGCUCAUCAGGUUGUGCAGUAUCGGAUCCUGAACCGAUAUCCUACCUCAGCUGCUCCUGUGUCAGUAGACAUCAGUUCGCCUGUGUCAUCCGGAACGUCACACGGAACAUGAAUGGCCAUGUUUGGUUUUGUUUACCUCCGGGAGGGAAUGCAAAUGUCGUCACUGGGGAUAAAACAAUCGUCGUUACAAUCGGCAUAAAUGCAGUGUCUAUAGUAUUCCCGGCGGUUCAGACAGUUAUUGUCAUAGAAAACAGCGCCCGACAGUUCCGAUUGGAGACGUCCGCUGGGAACCCACAGGCCACCGUGGAGUGGUACAAGGAUAAUGGUACACCGAGCAGAGCGGAUGACACGGAAAUCACAACCGGGAAAGAGACAGAUUCGAGCGCAAGUGGUACUCUGAUUGUGACUAUCGGUAAACUAACGUUGACUGUGCAGAGAAACGAUCAUGAUGUUGGGGUGUACUGCAGGGCAAACAACGGCGGUGCCUGGCUUUAUUCUUCCAGCGUAGUCUUAGAUGUUCAAUAUGAGCCCUUAGUUCCGAAAGUAUCCUACAAGCGUUCCGAGGUUACCACUGUACGGGUAAUAUCCGGACGUUCCAUGACGCUUACAUGCAGCAGCAUUGGGAACCCGAGCCCCACUUACACCUGGACAUACCCUGGUGUAGGCUCAUAUACUGGGCCCACGCUCACACUGUCCAGUGUUCAGACCACACACGCCGGAGAUGUCACGUGUGCAGCAAUGAACACGUUGUCACCUACUGGAGGGACAGCGGUUGAAAAAAGUCAACACACAAACAUCAACCUUAUGGUUUUGUAUCCCCCGAGUACACCUUCUUGUUCCAUCAGUGGAACUUCUAUCUCGACCACGGCCAUACUAGUGGAGGGCACAGACCGCUUUAUCAGCUGCACCAGUUACGCCAACCCGCCCCUGGUCACGUACAUUUGGUCAACUCCGAGUCGUGGACAAGUGUCCGGAGCUAAUGUGUUCUUGACAAAUGUCGAGCACCCAGCUGACCACGGCCAGUACACCCUUUCGGUCACAAACACAAUGGAUCCAACAGGAGAAAACACAGAAACGGGAACUAACAGCAGAGCGUUCUCGGUAGAUGUCCAGUUUGGACCUAAAGUGCAACUUCCACAGACUUAUACCGUUUUGGAGGGCAGGGUCGUGAACUAUUCAUGUUCUAUCAUCCCUGGGAACCCUUCUCAGACAUCCUUUAUGUGGACGAGGUCAAUUGACAGCAGGAAAUGGAAUAGCCAGAUUUUCAGUAUCAGUUCUGUGCAGAAACAAGACGACGGCAUGUACGCAUGCACGGCGACAAACCGGCUGACGCCUACUGGAUUUCCCGCCCACCCUGGAAAUCAUAGCGGGACCAUGCAUCUUAAUGUUCAGUAUAAGUCAAGCGUAACAGAGUUUCGUGUCACUGGGAUUAGACACGAAGCAAACGUAACACAAGCAGAGAAAAAAAGUACGACGUUUACCUGCAUGGUGGAUAGCAAUCCUCCAUCAACCAUCAAUAUUAGAAAGGACGGUGAACUGAGGAGAUCCGUAAACCAUGCAACACAGCUAGAGUACACCAUUGCAAACCUGGCAUGCACGGAUGCAGGGCUUUACACUUGUGAUUCCAGCAACCAAUUUAAUUUUGACAAAUCUUCAGCAAAGGAUUUACAUUUGUUUGUAACAUGUUCACCAAGACGCCCUCCUGGCCAAGAUAUCAAGUUGAACUUUACAGCUCAAUUACACGAUAAUGCCACACUGCAGUACAAUGUGGUUGCGUACCCAGUUCCGAUCGCCUCACAGUUCGUCUGGAAAAGAUGUUUGAGGAGAAAUAUGUGCAUACAAUUGUCAAACAUCGCCGCAAAAUAUGAAAUUACAACAAUGUACUUGUCGAGUAAAUUGACCGUUUUCGAUGCUGAUAUUGAUGAUUUCGGCGCGUACAGUCUUUCAAUUAAAAAUGGCAUUGGCGAGGAAAUAGUCGAGGAUAUGUUUCUGCAAUCAGUCGGUCCACCUGAUACUCCAACCUGUUUCAUGGUGAUUUCAAACACAGUCACGAGUUCAAGCGCUGUUUUAUCAUGGAUUCCUGGACCUAACAAUGGGUCUCCACAAACAUUCCACAUAUCAUAUCGAGUAUUAGAUGCUUUGGGGGAUUGGCCUAAUUUUAGUUUUCAAGAUAACGGAGAGACUGAGAUGAACGUAACCCUUCAUAGUUUAGCACCAGGGAGAUCUUAUUUUGUCAAAUGCUAUGCUCUGAAUACGGCAGGUGAUUCAGGGAAACAAAUACUAAGAUUCAGCACAUUAAAAGAAGUUGCCCCUAUUGAAUCACGUGGCGCUGUUAUUGCUGGUGUUGUAAUUACUGGGUUUAUAACGAUGGUAGUCAUUGUCGUCGUUUUCUGUUUUCUUCGAAAUAAAUACUCGUGUGCGUUCAAGGUCACCCGUAAAGAAGAUUCACGCUCAAGACCUACCGUACCUUUUGCUGAGAUUCCUGGUGAUAACGAUGCCAUAACUUAUGAAACUGUAUCAGCGAAAAACAACACGCCUGUUUACGACGUUUUGAGUGUUGGAAAUGAAGGACCGGAUAAGCCACACGUGUACAUGCCGCUAGAUGAGUCCAUGGCAACUCCCGAUCCAAACAAGGAGGAAUCAAAGACAAGUACAUCUUUUUUACCUCUCAACGGCAUCAAAAUGGCAUUUAAUUGUAAUGUGUCCAAAAUACACGUCUGACCAAUUAACCAAGUCUGAAAACAUUUACAAAUAAGAACAAUCUCUAUAUAUAUAAACGAAUUUUUAGUCUGGUAAAACCUUAGUGUAGGUUAUAAAAUUACUUUACAAGUGACUAGAAAAUAUCGCGUCCAGAGAUAACAUGGUAGACUUAGGUAAAACUAUCUCGAUUAACACUGUUUAAAACAAAUAAUGCUCUUUUAAGGCGUAUUUUUAAUGAGAAUGACCAUACAAAGAUACCUGGACGUCUCCUAACGCGAUGGGUAAAGCUUUAAUGUAAAAAUGUAAUGUAAAAAUGUAUUUAGUUUUCUCGUAGUUUUUGCAAAAUCUAAAAUAGGUGAUAACUUAUGUUGAAUUACAUGUCCAAUUCAUGUCAGAUUGUGCUCAAAGUAAAAGUAUUAGAACCUAUAAUGUAUGAAUCAAUAAAAUGUAAUGGUAUUAAGCAGGAAGUAAUGUUUGACAAAGUAAACAUCUCAACAUCUGUAAAACGUUAAAAACGAAAGCUGACAUUGAGGACGGUUUAUGUAUACCAUUGUUUGUAAUAUGUUUAGAUAUCUAUUUAUUAGGGUUUGCACAUGCGUUUGGAUUAAGUUGGUUCAAAUGUUUUAUAAUAUUCAGAUUAUCUCUGAACACAUAUGUUUACUAAUGACUCAGACGGAUGCUCAUGAAGAUAUCGUGUACAAAUAUCAUAUGCAUUUUGUCUCUACUUCUCCCAGAAACAUCUGGUAGUAAAAAUAAUGAUAUGAACACAGAGUCACAGACUAACUUUAACAUUUACAUAUUUGUCACUGUGUGUCAAAGAAACGGGUUACCAAUUUAAUUUGGCUAGCUAGGGUGGACUUUGCGGGGCUGGUCAAAAUAUAUCAACGUGCUCUAGAUAUUUGCAAUGGAAGUUCCAUCAAUUAAAAAAACUAACUUAUAGUAAUGCCAUUUGCUUAAGUUAUUGAUUAUGCUUGCUUUAACCAAAUACUUUUAAGCAACAGGACUGAUCCCGGCUGCCUAAUUAAUUGUUUAGUAAAGCAAAAAAAAGAGAACUAAAUUGGUGUUAAUGUUUUAGCCAACCAGGACGUUUGCCUGAACAGCUUUAUAACCAACUGAUGACUAAAUGGAAUAAUAUGCAAGAUUUGUUGGGUUAGAUACUGACAAAACUCCAUAAACCACAAGAAAGCAUGAAAUAAAAUAACCCCCAUGUUCUAAAACACUUAAAUGCCAAAUAUAACGUUGCUUCGAUGAUGCAAAAACUUGCUCUGGCUUGUUGCAUUAUCGUACCCUAAAUAGAUGUUUUGCAUUGGUUGGGUGGAACCACUAGUUCACAGAAAAGUCAUUGAUUUAAUGUGUUACUGUCCUUCGCUUUCCUUACAAUAUCGCGUUAGUGCUUUUCAAUUUCUUCUAAGUAGUGGGUUCCUAACAGUUUUGUAUUAUCACUUUUCCUACAAUGACCCGUAAGUGGCCGUUGGUUUCCUUACACUGACACCUAUUUGCAUUGGUUUCCCUUCCUUUGGCUUGAUACAGGCUUUCACUGGUGGAAGUGCGUUAGUUAUGCGUCGAUUCCUUAACAGUGUUGAUUAGUUGCCUCUGCCGUCCAUAUAAUGUCGCCUAAGUUGGUCUCCUUUAUGAGUACAACGGAUUGAAAGUGCACAUCGCUACACUCGCGAUGGUUCAUUAAUAAUUGUGCUUUCCUCUUAGUGAUGCAUUACUAGCCUUCGCUUGCCUCAGCUUCAUAUAGUCUUUCACAGUCGAACUUAACCAUGCUAUUGGCAUGUGGAUGCAAUAUUUACUUUUGGAUUAUACAAAUAAUGUUUCAUUAAUACAUUGAUAAGAUUUAAUAUUAUUCAUGGCAUUAUUGUUUGAAUAAACUAUUGAGUGAAUGUAUAUCUCAAUCCGCGGAGGUCUUUUUUAUAAGAUGACUCAAUAUAUCAUAGUAUUUAUAUUUUUCUUUGAUAUGCAGAGGUUCCCAUUUACCACAACACGAUGGCGAAGAACCAAGUGCAGACAGUGCUUUAAGUUAGAAAUCCGAAUUCCAUGUAUGAUGAGCUCACGAUCUCAUGAGCUAUGAUGAUUAAUUGUUGUCGAUACUGAGUAACUCCGCAAUGCUAUAUAUUAAUUGUAAAAUAUUGUUAUAUACACUUAAGAAAAUGAGAUUAUGCUGCGAAUUGUGUACGAAAUAACUAUUCAUCCUAAAACUGUAAAUCUGUUCUAUUAAAAGUAAAAAAUAACAUACAACUGGACACUUAAUUAAGAUCUAACUUGCACGUCUCUUCAGUUUUCUUUCAACUCAUUCCCAGAAAAAACAACAUAAUUAUGGAUGAACUUAUUUGUUUACGGAGAAUACUUCUGACCUGAUUACUAUCUCCUAAUCAUCGAUAAGCUUCUGGGUGACCUAGAGGCUUCAGUUGAACUAACGUUGAAGUUUACGAAGAUCGUCACUACCAUGCCAAGAUUUUCGCUGGGACGUGUUAUGCCAAUACUGUUUAGAUCGCAUAAGUGAAGAUGAUACUGUGCUAAUCCACUCAACUAUCGUUCAUUCAACAGAAUCGGCAAAUCUCUUUGGAAAAGUCCUUCAUAAAUCGUUCUAAUAAAACCGUGCUGUUAAAGCUAGAGAAAUGAAUGGUGUUUGUAUGAUUUGAGCAAUAAACGUGAAUAAAUGUAAAAAUUGUGCAACAUUAUGAAAUUCAUGUCUGUUAUUUAUAUCCCUCUGUAAGAACUAUUACUCGGCGAAUAAUACUCACGUUUAUGACAUGAUACUGCGAUCAAUUAGCUUGUUACAUUUCUUGAAAUCAUUAUUUUAAUUGUAAUAAUUUUUGUUUAAGAUAUUAUUGUCUGUCAUAAAUGUUUCAUUAACUGGUACAGGUUGCUCUUAAUACAAGCACAUGUUUUGCCUUACAUUAUAAUUAAUAUAAACCACCUAAGAUUACUUGUAUUUCUUUUUCGGCAAGUUAUUACAACAGGUGCGGUGACUGAAACCUAAUUGCUUGUGUUUUCCUAGUGUAAUUAGGGCAGUAACAUGGCGUUGGUGUGGUAUUCGCAGUAGAUAGGGUUUGUUUUGCACAACAAAACAUUUUAUUCUCUUGUGCCUUACUAUAUACAUGUUAACCAACUACAACAUGAUAUAUAAUUUAUUGCUUAAACUUGUGUACAUAGUCUUUCCCAUUUAUGUUGUUUUUGUAUAUAGCUGUUUUAUAUUGCAUGUGUAUUUAUAAUGUUUGAUGAAUAUUGGAGCAAAUGUGGAUAAGUAAUGACUUUAAAAUGAAUCAUGUGAAUUUUGGGGUUGACUCCUUAUAUUACGAAAAAACAAUUCGUAUUUCAAAUAUUAAUAUUGAAAUCA